UCCUCGCAAUCCGGGGGCACUUGAAGAGCCAACCAGGCAGCUUCUGGAUCUGGGGCGGCCGCGCCGGGAUGAGUCCUCCUAAACUGUCGGGCCGGCGCUUUUGGAAGGAUUGACUCUCUUGCAGAGUCAGAAACACCCGCAGAGGAAAGAUGUGGCUGAAGCUGUUUUUCUUGCUGCUUUAUUUUUUGGUCCUGUUUAUUCUGGCCAGGUUUUUUGAAGCCAUGGUGUGGUAUGAAACUGGCUUCUUUGCCACUCAGUUGGUGGAUCCUGUGGCACUGAGUUUCAAAAAGCUGAAGACCAUUUUGGAGUGCAGGGGACUUGGUUAUUCAGGGCUUCUAGAAAAGAAGGAUGUCCGUGAGCUGGUUGAGAAAUCAGGAGACCUCAUGGAGGGUGAACUUUACUCUGCUCUCAAGGAAGAGGAAGCAUCUGAAUCUGUUUCUAGCACAAACUUCAGUGGUGAAAUGCACUUUUAUGAACUGGUAGAAGAUACGAAGGAUGGGAUCUGGCUAGUACAGGUCAUAGCAAACGAUAGGAGUCCUCUAAUGGGAAAAGUCCAUUGGGAGAAAAUGGUGAAGAAAGUAUCAAGGUUUGGCAUCCGUACAGGCACUUUUAACUGCUCCAGUGAUCCCAGAUACUGCAGGAGAAGAGGUUGGGUAAGGUCGACAUUAAUUAUGUCAGUUCCACAGACUACUACGUCCAAAGGGAAAGUGAUGCUUAAAGAAUAUGGUGGACGAAAAAUUGAGACGGAGCAUAUUUUCAAAUGGAUAACAGCCCACGCAGCUUCUCGGAUCAAAACGAUCUUCAAGUCAGAACACUUGAAAGAAGAAUGGAAUAAAAGUUAUCAGUAUAGGGUGAAAAUAUACCUGUUUGCUAAAUUAGACCAGCCUCCUGCUUUUUUCUCUGCACUAAGUGUAAAGUUUACUGGCAGAGUUGAGUUUAUUUUUGUGAAUGUAGAAAACUGGGACAACGAAAGUCAUAUAGCAGAGAUGGGCGUAUAUAAGAUGCCAUCCUACAUACUUAGAACUCCUGAAGGAAUUUACAGGUAUGGGAAUAAGACCGGUGAAUUUAUUUCCUUACGUGCCAUGGACUCCUUCUUGCGUUCCUUGCAACCUGAAGUUAACGAUUUAUUUGUUUUAAGUCUAGUCUUAGUUAACUUAAUGGCUUGGAUGGACCUAUUUAUCACCCAGGGUGCUACUAUAAAACGCUUUGUUGUACUUAUAAGUACUUUAGGGACGUACAAUUCUCUCUUAAUUAUUUCUUGGCUACCAGUAUUGGGUUUUUUGCAGUUACCUUAUUUAGACAGUUUCUAUGAAUAUAGUCUCAAACUGUUCCGAUAUUCUAAUACAACUACCCUGGCUUCAUGGGUAAGAGCUGACUGGAUGUUCUACUCUUCGCACCCUGCCUUGUUUCUCAGCACAUAUCUGGGUCACGGCUUAUUAAUAGAUUAUUUUGAGAAAAAAAGGCGGCACAAUAACAACAGUGAUGAGGUAAAUGCCAAUAACCUAGAGUGGCUAUCAAGCCUUUGGGACUGGUACACUAGCUAUCUAUUCCACCCAAUCACUUCAUUUCAGCACUUUCCCUUUGAAUCUGAUUGGGAUGAAGAUCCAGAUCUGUUCCUUGAGCGCUUAGCUUUCCCUGAUUUGUGGCUUCACCCUCUGAUACCAACUGAUUACAUAAAAAACUUACCUAUGUGGCGAUUUAAAUGUCUUGGUGAGCAUUCUGAAGAGGAAAUGAUGGAAAUCUCUCAAAGUGAAAGUGACUCAGAUAGUGAAUGCAAAGAUAUCCUAAAUAGUGGCAAAGAGGUAUCUGAGGAUGAGCAGAAUCCCUGUGAAGGAGAACCUUGGUGCAACCCUGAGACCUGUUCAUGUGCCAAAGCCAGGUCAUAUGGAUCAUACAGUGCUAUGGAAGAUAUGGAGCCUGCUUGGUCAGCUUGGCCUUCUGGUAUGUUGCACUGUACAGAAUGUGUUGUGUGUCUAGAGAAUUUCCAAAAUGGAUGCCUCUUAAUGGGCUUACCGUGUGGCCAUGUCUUUCACCAGAAUUGCAUUGUGAUGUGGCUAGUCGAAGGGCGGCAUUGCUGCCCAGUUUGUAGGUGGGCCUCUUACAAGAAAAAGAAGCCAUGUACACAUCAUCAGCUUUUGUCAAACAGUCCAUUGUAACUCUGUACUAAUAAUGUCCUUUGUAAUCUUCCUACAUAUUUACUGCUUGCCAUGUAAAUGUUAGUCACAAACAGACCCUGUGGUUUGAAGUUUUAGUUUAAAUGUUAGUGCAGUGAAGUAAAAUAAACAUGAUGCUAACGUUGAUGACAGAAUCAUUUGGUUGCCUUGUAUGUUGAAAUAAUGAAUACAUAUCGUACAAUUUCAUCUUUCCUUUACAACAUUUGGAAGGUCAAAACUUAACAUUUGUUUUUGGUUUGCUUUUUUGCAAGCCCAGAAGUCAAACAUUUGUCAACGAAAGCAUAUUUCGACAAAUGUUUAACAGGAUAGGAUAUGGGUGAACGUGGAAAUUUUAACAGAAAUAAUUGUUUUAUUUAAAUGUUUCUUCUUUUAGAGUUUGCUCAGCACACCUUUGUUGAAUAAUGUAUGGUCUGUGAGAAUACGUUUAAAAACAAAUCCAUGAAAAUAAAUUAUUUUAAAAGAAAAUGAACAA